CGAAGACAGACGGAAAGGGCCGAAAUGUUGCGACUGCGGAUGAGGCCAAAACAUUGAAUAGUGUUGAAUAGUUAUUAUUUUUAAUACCUUAAAAUACUCGUAUAUUGUAUACAGGUUUUGUAAAAAAUGGCUGAAUCAGAAAAUGAAAACAGAAGUCUGGUAGGAUCAGCAGACGACUAUGAUCACUGCUGUGAGCCAUGUCUUACCACAAGUCACUGUGUAGAAGCCCACGGAUAUUGUGUCUUUUGUCAGGAAUACCUUUGUAGUAACUGCCUUGAAUGUCACAAAAAGGCCAAAAUUUCCCGGAGUCACCAAAUUCUAAAACAAGAUGAAUUUGAUAAGCUCGAAACAAUGCGAAAGGCAUACAAUGAAUGCACUGAAAAAUGUCCAGCUCAUCAAAAUGAAAUAAUUGAAUUUUAUUGUCCAUCACACCAUGCCCUGGGAUGCAAAGAUUGCAUGUCAAAUAGCCAUGGUAACUGCAACAUUGAUUACAUACCUGAACAAUGUGUAGAUAUUGCAGAUGGCAAAGAAUUGGAUGAUGUCAUGCAGAGGCUUAGUGAAAAGCUGAAAGAGGUACAGGAAAUUUCUAAGAAGGCUAAAGGUAUUGAUAAGGUUAUGAAUGAUUACAAUGAAGAAAUCGUAAAGGAAAUCACAAAAUUCCAAAAGGAAGUCAAUGACCACAUGAUUCAGAUGCAACAGGACAUUCUAAAUGAUACUGAGGAAAUCAAGUCCAGUAACAAAAGAAUCGUUCAGAAUGUGCUUGAUAAAUGUGAAAAUACGUUUUCCAAUGUUGUAAACUUGCAAGCAAGUCUACAUGCAAGCAAAUCAGUUCACCGGAAUGGACAACUCUACAUCGAUAUGAAGCGUGCCGAAUCUGCCCUGAAAUCAGAUGCUUUAAAUGAUGCAAAAGAAACAUUAAUGAACACCAAUGUGUGCUAUUCAUUUCAACGAAACGCUGACCUCGAAGCCUUAUUGUCUAAGAAAAUGGUCUUUGGUGAUAUAAUAAAUCCUUCUAGAGAUGAAUCUGAUGAGACAAAAUCUUUUGAUCGUCUGGUUGCAAAAGAGAAUAUCAAAGUUAUAACUGAAUCAGAUCGUAAAGAAUGUAUCAUUACAGGAUGUGCCAUUCUUAACACAAAUAAACUAGUUCUGGUUGAUAACAACAACGACAAGGUAAAAUUGGUAUCAUUAGAAGACAGACUGGUAGAAGAAGAGAUAAGUGUAGACUUCUCACCAUGGGGUAUUGCUGUAAUCUCGGAGAGUCAAUUUGCUGUAACGUUGCCUUGGCACAAUAAAAUAACUGUAAUGAGCGCAGAAGACAAGCUAUCAUGUGUGCGCAGUAUAAAAGUGGAUGGGAAGUGCUACGGUAUAGGCUUCAACCAAGAUCGCCUUUAUGUUGCUUGCUUAGAACCUUCUAGUGUGCUUGUACUGAAUACACAAGGUGAUAUCCUGAAUAACAUUACUUCAGACUGUCUUUCUGCUGACAUUGUUCCGCAUAUUGCUGUCAGAAUAGAUUCCAAACGCCUGUUUUACAGUGACUAUAAAAACAACAGUCUACUGUGUGUAUCGCUGGAAGGGGAAGUUACAGCUGCAUAUAAACACGAUGAUUUUGAAAGUCCGAAUGGAAUGACGGUGUUAGAUGACGGGUCGGUGUUUGUCUGCUCUUACAAUGGAGCAAUUCAUCAUGUGAAAAAAGGCCUGAUGCAAGGAAAGGUCUUGCUUGAAGAUGAAGUGAAUGCGAAGUCAAUAUGUUACAGCCCAUGCUAUGAUGAGGUCUAUGUGGGAUUCUAUGGUAACAAGCUGAAGGUCUUUGACCCACAAUCACCAAAGAAACGAAUUGUCAGUUUGUUGGAAAAGUGAAAUAUAGUUUGGAAUUGUUGGAUAGGUAUGAUUCAUUAAAGGAACUUUACUGAGCUCCAAAAGCCUAAAAAUAUAAAAUUUAGAAUUUGAAGUUUUCACAAAAAUCAGGUGGCACAACUUAAAUGGAAAAAAAAAACUAUCAAAAAAGGUAAUAACAUGCUCCAAAUGAGAUGAAAUAAAUCUUUUGUUCAAUACUCAGCCCUACUAAAAAUAAAGCAAUUUUAAGUCAUUUUGCACAAUUCUGGAGAAAACUGAGAUAAGGAAUGAUUUGAAAAUUUGCAUACAAGUUAUUGGUGUAGACCUACAGCAAAUAACAAACAUCUCAAAAAAAUUCUCCCAGUUUGGUCUUGUCCAAAAAAAUCUUUGUGGAGACCCUUUAAUUUUUUUUUGUGGUACUUAUUGAUAUGUAUCAACUUGCAUUCAAACUGAUAUGUUAUUGAAUUUAGCUCAAUACAGGAUUGGAGCAGUACCUCUAGACGCUUGCAGAAAUCAUGAUCCCAAAAUAGACAAAUAUCGUUUUUUUCGCCGAUUUUUACAUUUUUCCUUGAUUAUAGUACUUGAUUCGGUGUGAAAAGAUGAUUUAGACCUGUUAAAGUUCAUUCCGUUGGGUAAAAAGACAAGAUUUUAGCAUUUUAUCAUUCAAGCGCCUUGUCCGGUAUAUACCGGAAUACGGUAUUUAGUGUGGUGCUCCAAUCCUUUUUUUAGUCACAGCCUAUGUUAUUAGAUAUUAUCUAUUGUAUGCAACCUAUAACUCAUCACUUGUGAUACUCGGUCAGUGUAAAUUUUGUAGAGAUUAAUAUUCUAAUUCUUGGUACUUCACUGAAACAUGUAGUCUUUAUAUAACAUUAUACAUUUUAGGUUUACGGGUUAGCUUAUGUUGACAAAUUUUAUUUGUUUUUAUUAGCUCACCUGUCAUAAAGUGACAUGGUGAGCUUUUGUGAUCACUUUUUGUCCGGCAUCGGCUGCCAUCUGUCUGUAAACUUACUUUAAACAACAUCUCCUGAAACUAAUUAUUUUAAAAUAUCUUCUUUAAAAAAACCCAAAGAGCUAGACCUUAGACAUUUUCUAGUGAGUCCAGUGAGUGUCUACCAAGUUUGAACAAAUCUAAGCCUUUGGGUCAAAAUUGGCUCCGCCCGGGGGUUAUUGAUUUUCCUUAUAUGUAUAUAGUAAAAAUUUAUAAAUUUUCUUUCAAAAAACCCAAAUAGCUGUUAGUUAGAUAUUAAGGCAAGCAUGAAACAUCUUCUAGUGAGUGUCAAACAAGUUCGAUCAAAUAAAAGUCCUGGGGUCAAAAUUGGCCCUGCCUCAGGGGGUCAUUGAUUUUCUUAAUACAUACAUGCAGGUAUGUAUAUAAUAUACGUACCUGAUACAUGUAUAUAGUAAAAACUGAAAAAAUCUUCUUUUAAAAAACCCAAAGAGCUAAAGCUUAGAUAUUUAGCACAAAACAUCUUCUAACGGGUGUCUACUAAGUUUGUUCAAAUUUGCAAUGCCCUGGGGGCCUAUAUUCAGGUGAGUGAUUUCAGGGCCAUCAAAGCCCUCCUGUUUGGUAAUUUACAUUGGUUGUCAAGUGCCGUUUGCAAUGUGAAUAUUAUUUUCUUUGUCUGCUUCACAAUAUUUUACAUUUAAAUAAUACGUUUCAGAAUUAUCAUGAAAAUUAACACGAAUCUCUAGGCGUUGGCUUUAAUAAAGUCUUCUUAGCUCAAGCUGAUCAUAGAUGUGCUUUUGUGAUGCUUAUAUGUUGGUCAUUCAUUACAUUCUAUAAUUUCUAUCAAUACAAAAUCACAAGGUAGAUUUUGACCAAACUUCACAUGGUAGCCCUUUCUCAAGUCGUAUGAAAUAUUCAGUCUUAUAUGUAUGUUAUAUCUUAAAACACUUAGGGGUUUCUUAAUUUGUAUAGACUUAUAUAGAGGACACAUUUUAAAAAAAUUAAGUGCAUUUGUGAUAAACUAUUAUACUCAAGGCAUAAAUAUUUGGUAUGUUACAAUAAGUAUUGCUUUGUGAACCUCUUGAGAUUUACAUAAAUGAGCCGCGUCACCACAAAACAACAUAAUGGGUUUGCGACCAGCAUGGAUCCAGACCAGCCUGCGCAGUCUGAUCAGGAUCCAUGCUAUUGGCUAUCAGUUUCUCUACUUGUUAAGGGUUUGUAAGAGAACAGCAUGGAUCCUGAUCAGUCUGCGCAGAUGCACAGGUUGCUCAGGAUCCAUGCUGGUCACAAACCCAUUAUGUUGGUUUUGUCAUGAUGUGGCUCGUUAAUCAUUUUCUUUAGUCAAAAAUGGCCCAGAUAUGGAGGUCACCUCGAUAAUAUAGAGAUAUAGUAUAAGUAAACAUGUCUGACUAAUCUUCAACAUGGUAACUAAAAUGCCUGGUGCAAACAUAUUUGGCUCAUAGCAUCAACUUGUUGUAUUUAACAUAGGUCUAUUAAUCGUUUCCCUCCCUGGAGGUCACUUAGUUUAUAUAGACUUAGACUUCUAUUAAUAUUUCAUAAAUUAUUCAGCUGGGGUGAUGCACCCAGCUUGACCUAGUUUCUUGAUGCAUUGAAGAAUUGUGUCCUUUUCUAGCAAUGUUUCUUGGACGGGCAAUGCAGGGUCAUCAUGACCCUCUUGUAUUAUGAUAGAGCUAGUAUCGUUCAGAGCUGUUGGUCUCUUUGAUCAUUGCCUUGGGUAAUGGUGCUAGAAAAAGAUGAAUGCUUAAAUAGCCUUGAUUUGACAAAUGUGCAAUUUUGCGAGCAUACGUGUCUUUGGUGUUAUGUCUUUUCUAGCAUUGUUAAUUAGGUGAGCGAUCCAGUCUUGUUUUUUACAUUAUCAAGGCUUUUAACAUAUCUUUGCAAAAGAAAUCAUUAACAAUGUAAACAAUGUGUUCAGCUGAUAGUAAUGGGACAUAUUUGAAUAUGUUUUACUGGUUGUUUGCUCAAACUUGAAUAUGAUAUUCGAGCCGCACCAUGACAAAACCAACAUAGUGCCCUUAUGACCGGCAUGGAUCCAGACCAGCCUGCGCAUCUGUGCAGUCUUAUCAGGAUCCAUGCUGUUCACUAUCAGUUUCUCUACUUGUAAUAGAGUUUGAAAGCGACCAGCAUGGAUCCUGAUCAGACUGCGCAGAUGCGCAGGCUGGUCUCUAUCCAUGCUGGUCGCAAACGCACUAUGUUGGUUUUGCCAUGGUGCGGCUCAAUUUUAUAAUACAAUGUGAUAUCAACAUGUUUUUAAACUUUAUAUUAGUGAACUGUAUAUAAAACUGUUUUUAUAGUUCGAUACCUUUACAAGAUAUUUAUUACAUUAUAUUUAUUGUCCUUAAUUAUUAAAAUUUCCUUGUGACCAUGUUAAGCACUAUGUUAAGCAUAACGAGUUAUUUUAUAUAUUGCAAUUAUAUGUAUAUAAGCUUCCUCAUACUAAGGACUUGUAGUGGCAUUUUAUCUUCAUGAAUUCACUGAUGCAGCUACAAAAGUGCCGAUUUCAGCUAAUGGUUUCUACUUAAUGCAUUACUGUUUUCACAAUGUCCGCUUCUUAAAUUUACAUUUUCAACUUCAGUUUUUCAGGAUUUCAACUUCACAAAUUCAUGUUUUCAUGAUUUUAACUUCAUUAAGCUCAACUUCAUGUGUUCAUGAUUUAAUUUUAUGAAUUCAUAACCAAGAAUUCUUUUAGUUGAAAUCAUGAAUUCUUCAGUUGAAUUCCUAUAGUUGGAAUUGGGAAUUCAUAAAGCUGAAUUUUAAUGCUACCCGAAGGGUGAGCAUAUAGUCUGAAACCUUAUAUAAAUCUGAAACUAUAAGACAUAUCAACAUGAAACUUUGUAGAAAGAUUGAUCUCAUUAAAUAGAAGUGUAGUGCAAAAGAACCUUAACUCUGCCUUGCCUAAUUUUGGAGUUAUUGCCCUUUGUUCAUUUUUACACUUUGAACUUUGUCUGUGACAUAACUCUGACACUACAAGAGCUAUACUUUCCUGUCUCCAAAACCUAUUCAGGUUGCAUCACCCUGUUUAACCGGUUCUUGUUUCAGUUGAAAUUAAAAAUUCUUGGGAGUUGACAUUGUGAAUCCCAAAGCAUGAAUUUGUGAACCUGAACUUAUGAAAGUAAAUCCCAUGAAUUUUUUUUGUGAAGAUGAAAUGAAGAAAUUAAGUGGAAAUCGUAAGAUCAUGAAUUCUAUAGGUUAAAUAAGCAAAUUAAUGAAGUUGAAAAUGUGUAUUCUUGAAGUUUGAUAAAUUCGUGAAGUAAAUAUAACCCUACCAGUUCAACUUUUAUAUGAUCCGUAUCACGACAAAACCAACAUAGUGCGUUUGCGACCAGCAUGGAUCCAGACCAGCCUGCGCAUCCGCACAGUCUGAUCAGGAUUCAUGCUGUUCGCUAUCAGUUUCUCUAUUUGUAAUAGGGUUGGUAAGCGAACAGCAUGGAUCCUGAUCAGACUGCGCGGAUGCACAGGCUGGUCUUGAUCCAUGCUGGUCGCAAACCCAUUAUAUUGGUUUUGUCGUGACGCGGCUCAAAUGUUUUAGAUGUGUAUUUUUCCUCCAGUUAAUAAAAUUUACCACAUUUUUAA